AUGUACAAAUAAGUUUAAUUUAAACUAAUAGAUGAUUAAUAUUAAUAGAUUGGAUUAUGUUAAGCAAUAUCGUUCAAAAAAGAUGAAUCAAUUAUGAUUUCAAGUGAUAGUAAUAUAAUUAAAAUUUGGAAUUUUUAAUAAGGAAGAUUCAAAUUAUCUAAUUCUUAUAUUUAGAAACAAAUAAUUUUAUUUCAGGUUUUGGAUAUUUUCAAAUUAUCUGUUGACAAUAAAUUAAACAAAAUGAAUGGAAGUGUUCAUAACCAUUCAAAUAAAAUAUUGGUCGUGUUAAUUAUUUAAUAUUAAAUAAAUAAUAAGAUCAAUUUAUUUCCGGAGGGUGUGAUGAAAAAAUAAUAGUUUAGUAAGUAGGUUUUAGAAAGAAUGAGUUGA